CGAAGCGAGUUAAGCUUUUUGUCGGAGUUUAUUCGAUGCGCUUUCAUUUCAUGCGAAAUAAUUUUUUUAAUAUGAAUACAAUUAAUAUUGGAUGCUUUUGUAUCGAAACUAUUUUCCGAUACGAAGAUGGUUUCUACGUAACUUACGAUUAUCAGUAUGUCCUGCCAGAAGGAUAUGGAUUAUAUUUUCAAUAUUUUCCACACCAGCAAGCCCCUACAAUGCUUGCUUAUCGACUUCCAAGUGAAGAUGGUGUGUACGGACCGCCAUCUGGAGUCGUGGAUCACGGCUUGCAGGCAUUUCAGCAUCAGCCACAAGCAGAAACGGACGAAAGUGAACCUCUCGAAGAAUUUCCUGCAUUUCGGAUGGAAACACACCAAUCGGAAUAUUCUUCUGUAGCAGAAACGUUGCUACAUCCGGGGCAACCAAAUGUGUUGCAAAAUAACCCGGAACCGGAACAAAACACCCAGAAAGAAGUAACAAAUACGGAAGCCGACGUGCUUUCCUCAUUCGAAACUUGUGAAGUUGUAUCAGAUCCAAACUUUAAUGUUUCUGAUCCUGAAACUGCUGUUGGUGACACAAACCAACCGUCCCCAAUUAAUCUCGAUGGCAUCAGCGCUGAAGAUUCAGCGAAAAUAACUAAACAAGAAAUGAUCUCUAAUAUUACAGAGACUGACAAUGACGACUCAGAUGAUAUGGAAUUAUUUUCACUCGAAGAUGCUUAUGUUCCAUUGACUCCAAGACAAAUUUUGGUAUUGGAAAACGAAGAUCACAGAACACUAAAGCAUGAACUGAUGAGUUUAGAUGUUCUCUGUCAUGCUCUUGAAGACACUCCGACAGUUCCCUUGUUAGAAAGUGAGGAUGAGAAAAGGCGAUCAAUUGUAAUGGACGAUCAGGGAUAG